CUAUCGAAAAAAACAUCGAUUUUUGAAAUAAAUUCAACAACAUCGAUGUAUCGAUAUUACAUCAAUGUAUCUUUCAGCACUACUGUUUAUUUUUCUGAAAUUUACAAUUCAUUUCAUUGAGCGUGUAUUUUCCAAAUCUCCUGUGCUAUGUUAUGCCGUCUCUGUCUAAAAGAAUCUCUUUGCUUUCUGAAUAUUUUUGAUUCGGAUGGCAUAAAAUUGGACAUCGCCGAUAUACUCAGGCGUCACUUUUGGUUCAAGCCCCGCGGUGAUGAUCGAAUGUCCCCAGUUAUUUGCACAAUGUGUUGGUCGAAAGUAUAUAACUUUCACCAAUUCUAUGUGACGAUAGAACAGGUGCAUUCUAUGCUUAGCGCUAGUAACUUGGAGAAAGAGUUUGUCCAUGAAUACGUAGAAAAUGAGUUUAUCGACAAUGGCGUUGUUGUUAAGGAAGAGUUUUCUGUUACCAAUUCUUAUAUGAUUGGCAAGCCGUGUGGAAAAGAAUCCUUGGACCCUGAGUUUAUCGAAGUCGACGACUAUACCCAAAAUUCCCGAGAAAUUCCUUGCUCCAGAAUAGGGAAACGGAAUGAAUCCAUGGAUCUUGAGUUUUCCAAAGUCAAUGGUGAUUCUAAUGAGUUUUCCGAAGAUCCUUACUCAAUUGACGCAGCGCAAAGUAAUCAACAUAAUCUACCCGAACAAUCUUCUGAAAUAGAUAUCCGUGACGAUUUAAAUGAAGAAUGCGAUAAACUAAACACCGCAGACGAUGAACAUUUUAACUGUUUCUCAGAAGCUGAUAAAAAUCGAGAAGGAGCUACAGCCACAGAAAAAAAAGUUGUUACGUGUAAUGAAAAAAAAGAAAUAUCUGCAGAUACAUCUUUAUCGCAUUGUGAUACACAGAAAAUUGCACUGCUACCAAAAAAGUCUACAGAACCAAAAAAAAAUCGAAAGAGACUUACAACGGCAAAGAAAAAACUUCCGAAGUUGAGAGAAAAACGUAGUUUGACUGAAAAAAGCAAAAUAUAUACAAAUGGAUCUUUAUUGAAUAGUAAUGCUCAAGAGUCUGCCCUACAGAAGUCUACAGAACCUGUUUCAGAUGCAUCCUUAUUGUACCGUAAUCCACAGGAGCCUGAACUGCAUAAGAAAUCAGAACAUGUAAACGCAACGAAUUGCGAUACCGUGCAACUUUCCCUGCAGGAAUCUACAGAGCCUGUUAUAGAUGAAUCUUUAUCGAAUUGUGAUGCACUAAAUCUCCCAAAUAAGUCUACAAAAACUGGUACAAAUUCAGAGAAACUUACAAUGUCACAGAAAAAACUUGCUGAGUUGCGACUUGCUGAGUUGAGACAAAAGCGUGGUAAAAUCAGAUGUAAUGAUGAUGAACUGGUAAAAAAAUACAUUUCAAUGAGCUGUGACAUAUGUAUUUUCGAUUGCGCAGACUUCGAAAUCCUGAAAAACCACUAUCGGUUAAAUCAUCCAAAUAUAAAACCAUAUGUCAAAUGCUGUAAUAGAACAUUUUUGCACUGGUUGUCAAUUGUACAUCACGCCCAUAAACACGACGAUCCUGAGAUUUUUAAAUGCCAAGAUUGUCAUAAAAUUUGCGCUGAUCAAAAAGCUCUAUCGCAGCAUGUGGCGAACUGCCAUGCAGAUAAAAUAUUUAGCUGCGAUCUAUGCCCAAAAAAGUUUGCACGAAAAAGGAGACUGGAAAUCCAUCGAAACAUACAUACACCUAUGAAGGAGCGAAAUUUCAUAUGUGAGCAGUGUCCCAAUCGUCGGUAUUCUUGUAAUGCCUCGUUGCGAGCUCACAUAAGAAGGGUGCAUCAUCGUAAAUCUUUUUUUGUUUGUCAUGUUUGUGGCAAAGAGAUGAAAACGAAACCCUUGUUUGAAAAGCAUGUGCGCUUGCAUUUUGAAGAAAGCGGUCCGAAAGUCAAGUGCACAUUUGAAGGCUGUGAUAGCUGGCUUAAGGACGAGGGUAAUUUGCGCCAACAUAUCCAAAGGCGUCACUCGAAAAAUAAAGAUAAAGUUUUUACAUGUGAAGUAUGCGGAGGAGAGUAUAAAAGUAAGGCCGCUGUGACUAAUCACAUGCUAGGCGUUCAUCCCAAAAAGAUAUAUCCUUGUGAUGUAUGCAAUAAAAAUUUCAAAAAAGCAUUUAGGCUAAAGGAACAUAUGGCCCAGCAUACCGGUGAAAGAAACUACAAAUGCGCAUUUUGUACGUCUACUUUUAAUACGAGCGGAAAUUAUUACACACAUCUAAAGAAUUUGCAUACUGUUGAAUAUGAAAAUUGGCGAAAAAAUAAUCUUAAAAAAACAAACACUACAAGUGUUCUAAGAUUAAAAAGUAAGAAAAUCAUGACUUUCGUUUAAUGAAAACUGCUACAAUCACUGCACUCACCUAUACGUUAGCAUACAUAAAAUCAUCAAAAUUUAAUGCUCUGAAGGGUUUUGUUGACAAAAAUUUAGCA